AUGAUAGAAUAUGAAAUUCUACUAGAUUCUUCAAACAUGGCGGUUGAUGACUGGAUUCAAAUAGCUGAAGAUAUCAUGAAAUGUUACGACCAAUAUGAUGGUUUCGUAGUUCUUCACGGUACUGACACACUAUCAUACACAGCAUCUGCCUUAUCGUUUAUGUUCGAAAAUAUUGGUAAGGGCAUUGUACUCACUGGCUCACAGAUUCCAAUAUUUGAACCGAGGAGUGACGGGUCAGAUAACUUGGUGUCUUCGUUGCUCAUAGCCGGUGGACUGAACAUACCAGAAGUCACUGUGUUCUUUGGAAACAAACUUUAUAGAGGAAAUAGAACUAGAAAGAUAUCAGCUAACAAUCUCAACGCCUUUUGCUCUCCGAAUUGUGUGCCUUUAGUGGAAGUUGGUAUUGACUUUGAAGUAAACAAGAAUGCAAUAUUUAAACCUACCAAAAUAGAGAAAUGUCGCUUACACGCUAAAAUGUCCAAAAAUGUUGGCCUUCUUAGAAUAUUUCCUAGUAUAAGCACAUCUUUGAUUAGAGCAUUCUUUCAGCCACCGAUUGAAGGCGUAGUAUUGGAAAGCUACGGAGCUGGAAACAUCCCAUCUAAUCGUGAAGAUCUGUUUUCGGAGAUAUCAGCGGCUGUUAAAAGAGGAAUGAUUGUAGUUAACAUCACCCAAUGCUUCAAAGGAGGUGUUGUUGCGGCCAUGUACGAAACGGGAAAGUUUUUAUCAGAAUGUGGAGUCGUGUCAGGUUACGAUAUGACACCAGAGGCUGCUCUCGCCAAACUAUCUUACGUGCUGUCUAAAACAGAACUUACUUAUCAACAAAAAGUUGAUGAUGACACACUCUUAGAAGCGUUGGCGUUAACGCUAAACAUAGAAUCACAAAAUAAAUUAGCUGAGGUGACAGAAAAAGUGUUUAAUGCACUUUUGUUGUACGCGAUAGGAAACAACGAUAUUGGCUCUGUCAAGAUGAUGCUAGACAUGGGAGCAAAUAUUAACACCAAAAACUCAGAUGGCAGCACUGUAUUACAUGAAGCUGUUCUUAAAGGAAAUAUGCGUAUUAUAGAGUAUUUGCUUGAAAAUGGCGCUAAAGUUAAUAUUUGGACGAGAUGUGGAGAGAGUCCUCUUUUAGCAGCAAUUCAUAAAGAUAACAUUUCUGUGAUAUAUCUCUUACAAAAGUACGGAGCACGUCUUAAUAGCGAAGAUAGGAAGAUUUUGAUAGAUAUGUCUUCAUUAGCAGCAAGAUGUGGAGAUCUCAAAAAACUUGAGACAUUGAGAGCAGCGGGUUUAGAUCUCAAUUCGCUAGAUGAGAUAGGCCAGAAUCUCUUGCAUAAAGCCGUUCUCUGUAAUAAUCCCGCGGUGGUCCGAUAUCUGUUAUCGCAGGGAGUGGACAAAGAAACUAAAGAUAUACUUGGAUUCACUCCGAUGGAUUGCGCGAUUAAACUGGAACUAACCAAUAUUAUUGAUAUGUUGAAAUAA